GAAAUCGAAUGGAAAUGAGGUUAAUCAUAGCUAUUAGCUUUCUGUGGAUAUCACUUGUUUCGGGACAAUUGCCUCCUGAAAUCGAGAAAUGCGAGGCUGGCGACUCCAUCUGCAUAGCGGAGACAGUGACCCAUCUCUUGCGAUUGUAUCCCAAGGGUCUACCCUCUAUCGGUCUGCAAUCCCUGGACUCUGUUAAAUUCGAGAAUGUCAUCGUUAGUCAAAUAGAACCGAAUAGCCCGUCAACAUUGGAUCUAAAGUUCCGCAACUUAACUGUGAGGGGGCUCGAAGACACAACCGUAAUGGAGGCAAAAGGAUUCGACGGUGAGCUGCCGCGGGUCCUGGAGCUGAGUGCAUGGGUUCCGUUGCUGAAGCUCGAGGGAGACUACGAAAUGCACGGCAGUCUCCUGAACAUGCCCAUUCAGGGAAAGGGCCAGGCUCAGGUGGAGAUCAAGGAGGGACGCUUUCGCUGCAAGGUCAGGGCCCUGGAGCAACUUCGAAAGGAUAGCAAACGCUAUAUCGAGAUUGCCAAGGUCAAGUGUUUGCUGGAUCUGCAGGGCAUGCAUCUGAACUUUGAGAAUCUAUUCAAUAAUCCGGAAUUGAGCGAUGCCAUGAACAUUGUGGCCAAUAGCAAGUGGCUGGACAUUUGGCAUACCCUUCGAAAGGGUAUCAGCUCGACGGUAGAUCGACUGGUCGAGACGAUUCUGAAGCGCGUGGCUGAUAAGUUGUCAUAUGACGACUUCUAUAGGGAGUUAUAGGGAACCAUUAUAUGUAACCUCAAAUAUUAAGGCAUAAUUUAAUCAUUUAUUCAUUUUCUAGUGAAUUUUAAGUGGAUUCUUCUUAGCGCAUUCUUUUUUUUUUACUUUUAAUAGUGAUUUAUUUAAUCAAUAUAAUCCUAA